AUGGAAUUUCAAGAUGAUGAAAUUGUAAUAUCCGGUAUUGGUGGUAGAUUUCCAGAAGCUGAUAAUUUUGUUGAAUUAUCAGAAAAAUUAUUAUCGGGACAAGAUCUUGUUACUAAAGAUCCUAGAAAAUUAACAAAAGGAUAUUUUGAAGAUUUACCCGAAAGAAAUGGAAGAUUUAAAAUUAAUUCUGCACUUUUUGACUACACAUAUUUUGGUAUAUCUAAAAUUGUUGCUUCUGCUAUGGAUAACAUGAUAUGUCAAUUACUUCAAAGAACUUUAGAAGCUGUUAUUGACGCUGGUAUCAAUCCGAGUGAUUUGAGAGGUACUGACACGUCUGUUUUUACCGGUACCUGUCAUUCGGAUUCGGAUUUGGAAUGGUCUUCGAAUGUUAAAGUCGGUUAUGGUAUAAUGGGAAGGAAUAGAUGCAUGAACAGCAAUAGAAUAUCUUAUUGGCUUGAUUUAAACGGUACAAGUUAUUCGACGGAUUGUGGUUGGGCUAAUGGUUUGUCAAAUAUUUGGCAAGGAUUUAAUGCGAUCAAAUCGGGAAAAUGUGAUACGGCAAUCGUGGGAGCUUGUAAUUUACAAAGUUUAGCAUUGCCAACUAUGCAAAUAAAAGAUAUGGGAUUAUUAAGUUUGGACGGUUUGACUAGAUGUUUCGAUGAUUCAGCAAACGGAGGAACUAGAUCUAGCGCGGUUGUGGUAUUGGUACUCCAAAGAGCUUCCAUCGCAAAAAGAAUUUAUGCCACUGUUGGUCACGUGUUAUCAACAACUAUUGCAAAUAAAAAAGAUGUCAUCUGUAAACCCACUCAACAAGAUUGGGAAGCUUUAUUUAAUGAAUUUUACGAAGCAUCAAAGAUAAACGUUGAUGAUAUUUAUUACGUUGAAGCUCACGGUUCCGGCAUGAAGGUCCAUGACGCAUCCGAACUUAAUGCAUUGUCUAAUUUCUUUUGUCGAAAUCGGAAAACUCCACUUUUGGUGGGAUGCGUUAAAAGUAAUAUGGGUCAUUCAGAAUCCGCAGCAUCUUUGUGUGGAGUUGCUAAAGCGAUAAUAGCUUUUGAAAAAGAAAUAAUACCACAAAAUUUACAUUAUGAAAAACCAAAUUCGUUAUGUCCUGCUUUAGCGAAAGGAACAUUAAAAGUGGUAGAUAAAAACACACCACUUCCUCCCAAUGCGUGGAUAGCAAUUAAUUGUCAUAGUUUUAAUGGAACGUAUGGACACAUCGUUCUCAAACCAAAUUUAAAAAAAAGGAUAAUCAAAGAUGAUAAAAUUCCCAGAUUGGUUUUAUUGGCGGACAGAACGAUCGAUUCAAUGGGUGAUUUGUUCGAAAAGGUGGAAUCCGUACCUUACAAUCCUGAAUACAUUGCAUUAUUGCACGAAAUAAAUUCGAAAAAAGUCGAAAGAUAUCUCGGACGAGGUUAUACGAUAUUACCCGUACCUGAAAAUCCCGUUCGUGAAAGUCAGGCGUUCAACGAAGAAAAACGUCCGAUUUGGUUUGUGUUUGCCGGAAUGGGAAGUCAAUGGCCGGGAAUGGGAAAAAGGUUAAUGGAUUUACCUUUGUUCAGAGAAUCAAUUGAAAGAUCUCAUAAAAUUUUACAAUCCAAAGGUUUAGAUUUAAUUAAAAUAAUUACCGAAAAUGAUCCAAACGUUUUUGAUAACGUUCUUCAUUCAUUUGUCGGUAUUGCUGCCAUUCAGAUUGCAUUGAUUGAUGUCCUUAAAGUUUUAAAUAUAAUUCCGGAUGGACUCAUCGGACAUUCUGUUGGUGAAUUAGGUUGUUCUUUAGCGGAUGGUUGCUUCACUUCGGAACAAAUGAUUUUAGCUGCUUACUACAGAGGAGUCGUCUCGAGAGAAGCCGAUUUGAUUCGUGGAUCCAUGGCGGCCAUUGGAAAGGGUUAUAAGGACAUUAAAGAUGAAUUACCAGAAGAUAUCGAUGUCGCUUGUCAUAAUUCGGCCGAUAAUUGCACGAUAUCUGGACCGGAAGAAUCCAUUGAAAAAUUUGUUAGCGAAUUAAAAAAAAAAGAAAUUUUAGCAAAAGCUGUUAACGUCUCACACAUUGCUUAUCACAGUAGAUACAUUAAACCGGCAGCUCCUAAACUUUUAGAAUAUUUAAAAAAGGUUGUACCUAAUCCAAAAUUACGUUCUUCGAAAUGGAUCAGUACUUCUAAUCCGGAAGAUAAAUGGGAUACGGACACUGCAAAAUAUUGUUCGGCGGAAUAUCACACUAAUAAUUUAUUAAGUUGCGUCAUGUUCGAAGAAGGUAGCAAACACAUUCCGAAGAAUGCUAUUUGCAUAGAAAUAGCACCUCAUGGAUUAUUGCAGGGUAUAUUGAAACGAUCAUUGGGUGAAGAAGUCACGAAUAUUCCUCUGACUAGCAGAGCAAGUUCGGAUCCUCUGAUAUUUUUAUUACAAGCUCUUGGAAAGAUGUACAUGGCAGGUAUAGACAUCAGCAUAAUGAAUUUAUAUCCAAAAGUUGAAUUUCCAGUAUCGAGAGGAACUCCUUCUCUAAAUAAUUUACAACAUUGGCGUGAACAAAAAUUAACACCAUCACUCACUCCAAUAGGAAACAAGAUCGUUCAUUCUUUUAAAAAUCGACUCAUGAAGUUGACCGACGAUUGUACGGGAGUAAUUAUUAACGGGAAAAAUAAAUAUCCGUUGGGAAUUUUCCUGAAUUUGUCUUGGGAAUUAUUUGCAUCACAAAAAAAAAUUUUGACGGAUGAAUGUCCGAUAUUAAUACAAAAUUUUAAAUUGAUUGAUUACAUCGACGUUCACUUAUCGGAAAGCGAUAAUAAAACAAUUUAUUUUUUAAACGGUUCCGGAGAUUUUGAAAUUGUCAAAGGAGAUCAAUUUAUCGGAUGCGGAAACAUAACGCCGCUCAAAGAAAAACCGUUACCGGAAAAUAACGUUCGAAUUGAAAAAUACGAUUUGAUCGGAGAUGAAAUUUACGAAGAAUUAAAAAUAAAAGGAUUUACGUUUGGGAAAAAUUUUAAAAUUUUAACCGGAGUUUCGUAUAAUUCAAACGGAAUCCUAGCGGAAAUUCCAGUGACGAAUAAUUGGAAUCAAAUUAUCGAAGCCAUGAUACAAGUUCAUUUACUUUUCAUGGAAGAUAAAACGGAUUUAAUGUAUCUUCCAUUAUUUUUCGAUCAAUUGGAAAUAUCUUGUCAGAAACACAUCGAAUACACGAAUUCUCUCAAUCCCGGAAAUGAUCGUUUAACGGUCGUUUACGAUUACAUAACGAAUAACGUUAGUUGCGGCGGUCUCAAUCUUAAAAGAUUAAAAUGCGUUGAAUGUCCGAAAAUAAGAAACGAAUUAAGUUUUAAAAUGUCGAGUUUUUUCCCAUACACGAAUCCUCCUUUGCAGAACGUCAUGGAAUUUUCCGAUUUUUGUUUCGGAAUUAUAUUGGAUAAUUUGGACAGUGCGAAAAAAUUUCGUGGUUUGAAUUUGCUGGAGAUUGUUGAUAAAAAUUCAUCCAUCGGUGAAUAUUUAAAAGAAAUUUAUUACGAUGUCGAGAUUAAAAUCAAAACGGUUUCGAAUUUUUCAUCCGUCAAUAAAAAUAAUUUUAAUUCUCUAACAACGGAUUUUUGCAUCGCUCCCUCGGGUUUUCCCGGAAAAGAAUGUUUCGAAUUUGUCAAAAAUGGCGGUUUCGCUCUCGUUAAAUCAUCUUCGAAAAUCGACGUUCCACCGUCGUGGGUCGUUGUUGCCAAAUUUACCAAUUCGAAUAAACAAGAGUAUUUGUUUUUAAAAAAGGUGAAUCAAACCGAUAUAAGAGAUUUUGAAUUCAUCGACAUGGACGAAGAAUCGGAAAAUAGUUUGAUGAGUAAAUUGAAUGAUUUAAAAUCGUCAUCGAAAACUACGGUUUUGAUAAGUCGAAAAAAACGGGCGGAAGGGGUUGAAAAAUUUAAAACUCAUCUGCAAUCGAAAAUCGACGACGUACUUUUAAGAUGGAUUUUCAUUUUCGAUUCGAACGCUCCGCCAUUUGACGUCAAAGAUUUAUUUUAUUCUGAACAAUUGAAAAAAGGUUUGAUAACGAACGUUUAUUCCGACGGUUAUUGGGGUUGUUAUUAUAAAUAUAAUUUCAACGAUAAGAGGGAAGUCAAUUUUAAAUUGGAAGAAAAUUCGGAAUUGAAAACGAAUUACAUAAGUUUCGAUCCGAGAGAAAGUUUAAUAAAAUUAAAUCAAGUAAAUUUUCAGUUUCAAUGCGAUUUAUACUUAUUUAAGAAAAAGAAAUUAUUAAUUAAAAAAAUGUUUUUUCAGGUUGAAUUUUCCGGAAAAGUGAAUAAUAAAAGAGUGAUGGGAAUUAGUAAAUUGGAAAAUUAUAGGAAAAUAAUACCGGAAAAAUAUUUGAUUUGGGAAAUGCCAGAAUCAUGGACUUUCGAAGAUGGUGCCACGAUUCCGAUUUCAUAUGCUUUGGCUUAUUAUUGUUUGGUUAUACUCGGACGUGUUAAAAAAGAAGAAAAUGUUUUAAUUACGGAUGCUUUGACGUGCAUCGGUCAGGCUGCUGUUUCCGUCGCACUUUCAUUGGGUAUUAAUGUUCACGUGACCGUCGGUAGCGAUAAAGAAAUGGCCGCCAUUAAAAAAUUAUUUCCAAAACUCGAAAAUUCAAAAAUAAUGAAUCACAACGAAGGAAAAUACGGAUCGAAAUGGCAAUUGAAAAAUCCAGACAAUUUAAUGAGUUUACUUUUUAAUACUUUGGACGGUGAAAAAUUUUUUUCAAUAUUACCAUUGGUUGCCGAAUUUGGUAAUAUUUGUCAUUUCGGAAAAGAAGAUUUAAAGAAAAAAACAAAAUUGGGUACUUACAUGUUUUUGUUAACGAUGUCAUUUUACGGUUUAUCACCCGACGUUGUUAUUAAUUUACCAGAAGACGACAAGAAAACAAUAAAUCAAUUAAUUGGACGAGGUUUAAAAGAUGGCGUCGUUAAACCUUUACCGAGGAUCGUUGUCACCGUAACGGACGUUCAAGAAAGAUUAGAAAAUUUGGCAAAAUCGUCGGCAUACGUGAAAUCUUUGCUUAAAGUAGAAAAUAAAAAAACGAAUUACAUUCAAUUCGAUUCGAAAAAAUCUUAUUUGAUAUUGGGUGACGAAACUGAUUUAUGGGUCGAUAUCGUGAUGUGGAUGCUCGAAAGAAAAGUGACAAACAUAAUAGUUGGAAGGAGGGACAAAACGAAAAGAAGUCAACUGCGAAUGCCCAUAAUUAAAAACAAUCAAAACGUUUUCGUUUUCGAACAUCAAAACGUCGAGAAAUUAUUAAACGAAGCACGGAAAUUGAGUCCUCUGUCGACAGUAUUUUACUUAUCCAUGAAUUCGACCGAAGUAAGUCCAACUUUAUCAACUCUGGAUAAAUUGUACAGAGAUCCGGAAGGUUAUUUCGUUGCCGUAACGAAAACUCAAGGUUUACUAUCGGAAAUGUGCAGAGCGAGAAGUAAAAACGGUUUACCCUCGACGAAUUUCAUAUGGGAAACGGAAACGGUCGAAAUGACGUCACAUUUGGAAUCAAUGGCAAAACUCAGCGGUCAAAGUUCGGUUGUUUACGUCACUCCACCGCCAUUGCUCUCGGUUGCCGAUCAAAGAUUGAGCGAUCUUUUACCGACGUCCAUCGAAGAUUUUUGCGAAAUCGGUUCAACUUUAAGCGAUAAAGUUGAAAUAAUUCCACUCAAUACGGUUUGCGGACCGCAAAGAGACACACUGCAAGAAAUCACUCCAUUCAUAAUAAUACCAGGUUUGCAAAAAGAACCUACGAAAUUUCUCGAACCUUUCGUUUCCAAUUUUUUAUAUCCGGCCGUUUGCGUUAAAAUCCCCGACAUGGAAUUGUCGAUACCACAAAUGGUUAAUUUCAUCCUACCGGAAAUUGUAAAAUUUAACAAAAUAAAUUAUUACAACAUAAUCGGAAUUCAUUGGGGAAGUCAUUUGGCGAUGGAACUGACGAAACAAUUGGAAGAAAUCGGUGCCGUAGUAGGUUUGAUAUUGAUGGAAGGACCCAUUCAAAACGUUGAAUCCCUCGUGACGAAAUCACUCGAAUGGGAUUUUCUUAACAUAAUACAAGGAAAAUUUAAAACGACGGCAGUGGAUUUAAAGAUGGAUAACGAAUCCCUUUCGAAGCUGAGUUGGAGAGGACAAUUAAACACGGUUUUAACAUCGUUAAAUUUAUCGGAGGAAAAAGAAAAAGAUUUUUGCAAGGGUGCCAUGUUUGUUUACAACAAUUUGAAAGCACUUUUGAACCACGACGUUGCGAGCAUUAAAUUGAAAGGACCUUUUACCGUUAUCGUGAGCGGUCAAAGGAAUUUCGACGAUAAGGACAUAUCAAAGAUAUGCAGAUCGAUAUCGAUUCGAAGUUUUCCAAUAACGACCGAUGAAUUAUUCACGUCUCAAGAAGUUUGGAGAAUAAUUCAAGGUUCGGCCAUAUCACACGCCAUGAGCAAAAACACGGUUCACGAAUGUUCGUGGACGGCAUUGGAAGAUUUUAUAAGCAGUAAAGAUAAUUCACAGACUUAUCAAAAUUUAAAUUCUUGCAACGUCAAAUUUUCAUUUUCCUGUUGA